AUGGCUUGCGGCGCUUCUUCUAUGGCUGUAGAGUCAUAUCCCGACACGGAGGCAAUCGCCUCUGCUACUGCCACCCCAGGCGAGGAGACCGGUCUUCUCCGUGAUCGGCGGCGCAGACAUUCAUUCCAAGUUUCUAGAAGACUGUCGUGCGACUACCAAGAUGCAGACGCAGUUUUCAUCCGGGUCGAACUCUUCUUAGCUGAACUGGAACGUCGAAUGCAAUGGAUCGAACAAUAUCGAAAAUCCCACAUGAUUGGAAUCGAUGCUAGUCUCAGACGAGGUUAUGCCACAUUGGAGGCUGUUAGAGACCAAUGCUCAGUCGCAUCGGGAGAAUUGAUGGGUAGUGGCAAGAAGCGGGCUAAGAUCUUGGUGGAGACUCUUGAGGACCGAUACAACGAGGCCCUGGUGACCAAAGAAACACUGGAGCAAAAGGCCCAGGCUGGAGUCCGCCUCAUGGAGUCGUUCCUUUCCGAAAUGGAAAACAGAGCCCACGCAGUCCGUGAUCGCGGUAUCUACGGUACCCUAGACGAUGGGUGGAAAGCUGCGGAGGAAAGCUUGGUGCACGCUCGAGAGAUCGUCGAUGAGGGCAUGGAGCGUGCCCGCCGUGCUCGCGAUACCCUGCGUGAGAACGUCGAGGAAGCUAUUCGACUAGCCCAAGAGAAACGCUUGAUCAACUACCAUGAGCUGCCCGAUCCAUGGAGAGUCAACCCCCACAUCAUCAAUGGUUAUCGUUUCACCACCUCCAAGGUGGAAUGCAUUUCGUCCGUCUUCGCCUACUCCAACGAAAUGUUCAACAUUUGGUCCCAUGUAAUUGGUCUUGUCAUUGUCCUCGCCAUUGCGUUUUACUUCUACCCGCUCCAUACCAACUUCCACCUGAGCACAAAAUCAGACAUCGCAAUCGCUGCCGUCUUCUUCUUUGCUGCAUGCAAGUGUCUGGUCUGCAGUACCAUUUGGCACACCAUGAACAGCAUCGCAUCUCAAUCUUUGAUGGAGCGCUUUGCUUGUGUCGACUACACCGGCAUUUCGAUGCUGGUCGCUGCCUCUAUUGUCACCACCGAGUACACUGCCUUCUACUGUGAACCCUAUUCUCGAUGGACAUACAUUCUCCUGACCAUGUCUCUGGGUAUUGGUGGCAUCAUCCUGCCAUGGCACCCCACCUUCAACCGCCACGAUAUGGCUUGGGCCCGUGUUGCCUUCUUUGUGACGCUCGCCCUCACCGGAUUCUCGCCUAUCGCCCAACUAUCCUACACCCGCAGUUUCUCAUGGUGCAUGUACUUCUAUGCACCAGUCCUCAAGAGCCUCACAGUCUAUUUCGUCGGUGCCCUAGUCUACGCCUCCAAGGUUCCCGAGCGCUGGAAGCCAGGUUUCUUCGACUACGUGGGUGGCAGCCACAACAUCUGGCAUCUUGCUGUUCUGGGCGGUAUCCUUUUCCACUACCACGCCAUGCAGGACUUGUUCGCCGGAGCAUUCCAGCGCGCCCAGGGCGAAUGUCCGAAUCUGAAGAUCUGA